AUGAACAGCCUCGUCGGGAUACUCUGCAGAUUCCGAUUGCGUCCAGUGGCAUUCAUGUGCGAUGUCGAACAGAUGUUCCACCAGUUUAAAGUCGAAGCAAGGCAUAGAGAUUAUCUGCGAUUCGUAUGGUGGAAAGAUGGCAACUUCAACAACGAAUCCACAGAAUACCGAAUGGGUGCACACCUCUUCGGUGCAGUUUCAUCACCCGGAUGUGCAAACUUCGGCCUGAAACAGAUCGCAGAAGACUACGAAGCUAAGUACGGCUCUGAUGCUGCAGACUUUGUUCGACACAGCUUCUAUGUUGACGACGGCCUAAAGUCAGUCUCGUCCACAUCUGAAGCUGUCACCUUGAUUAGACAAACCAAAGAAAUGUGUGCACAGGGCGGACUACGACUGCACAAGUUUAUCUCGAAUUCCAGAGAGGUCAUGGAAAAUGUCCCACAGGAAGACCAAGCCAGUAAUGUGAAAAUUCUUGACCUCCUCCACGAUGCCCUUCCCAUAGAAAGAGCACUUGGAGUUGAAUGGUGUGUGGAAUCUGAUGCAUUCAACUUCUGCAUUAUCUUGCGAGACAAACCUUUGACGAGGCGUGGAAUUCUUUCCACCAUCUGCUCCAUCUACGAUCCUCUUGGCUUCGUUGCUCCAGUCAUGUUGGUGGGCAUACUCAUUCUUCAAGACUUGUGUAGAGUUCAAGUUGACUGGGACACCCCCUUGAAUGACGAAAUGAGAUCACGCUGGGAAAAGUGGAGAAAGGACCUACCUCUUCUAGAGAAACUCAAGAUUCCACGAUGUGUUUGUCCAGAGAAGUUUGGGAAGGUGAUUGCUACAGAAAUUCAUCACUUCUCUGACGCGAGUGCUUUUGCUUAUGGUCAGUGCUCGUAUCUCCGUCUCAUUGACGACAAAGAGAAUGUCCACAGCACAUUGAUAAUGGGAAAGAGCAGGGUCACUCCUCUUAAGCCCAUUACCAUUCCUCGUCUGGAGUUGACCGCUGCUGUCGUCUCAGUGCGAGUCAGCACCUUACUGCAAAAGGAGCUCGACCUAGAUGCCGUAACCGAAGUCUUUUGGACAGACAGCAAAGUGGUUCUAGGCUACGUCAAGAAUGAAUCGCGACGGUUUCAUGUGUUUGUUGCCAAUCGGGUGCAACAAAUAAGAAGUCGCUCUGAUCCUAACCAGUGGAAACAUGUGGGGACGAAGGAGAACCCGGCAGAUGAAGGAUCUCGAGGUUUGAGAGUUGAGGAAAUUCUCACCUCGAAAUGGCUGAAAGGGCCAGACUUUCUCUUGGAAAGAAAACUACCACCUCAAGAAUCAACCGAAUAUCAGACUUCUCCAGAAGAUCCAGAAGUAAAGAAGACAAGCGUGCUGCUGGUGCAGACAGUGAAAUCUGCCGUAGAGCUUGAGCACUUCUCCAAAUGGCGCUCUCUUAGACGAGCCAUAGCAGGAUGUCAGAAGUUCAUGUCUCGACUGAUGGAGGCUGUAAAGGACAAACGUGGAGAGUUGACUGAGAGUUACAAGUCAGAGGCCAACCUUCUUCCUCGCUAUUGCCCGGCGUCUGUUGAAGACCUGCAGCGAUCCGAACGAACUAUCAUCAAGCUUGUACAAAGCGAAUCCUUCCCAGAGGAGAUACGGAUACUCACCAGUCUAAAUGUCAACGAUGGCGACAUAGAUAGACACCUUGCACGGAAGCGGAACAAGUCCAUGAAGCGUACAAGCUCACUCUUCAGGCUGGACCCCUUCAUCGACAACGAAGGCAUCUUGCGUGUUGGAGGACGUAUCAGAAAGGCAGACAUGUCAUUCGAAUUCAAACAUCCAGCCAUCCUUCCAAGAAGACACCACGUCACUAGCCUGAUAAUCCGUCAUUUUCAUGAGCUAGCAGCUCAUCAAGGUCGUGGUACGACGACAAAUGCCAUACGGUCAAAUGGAUUCUGGAUACUGGGAUGCAGUGCUGCAGUUGCCACUCAGAUCUCCAAUUGUGUCAGAUGCCGAAAGUUGUAUGGAAAGGUGCAAGAGCAAAGGAUGGCCAACCUACCUGAUGAGAGACUUCAGCCAGCACCUCCCUUCACGUUUUCCGGUGUAGACUACUUUGGUCCAUGGCUGAUCAAGGAAGGACGGAAGGAGCUUAAGCGUUACGGGGUACUCUUCACUUGUUUGGCCUCCCGAGCCAUCCAUAUUGAGGUUGCCAACUCGUUGACUACAGACUCCAUUAUAAAUGCCUUACGCCGAUUUACAGCCAUACGUGGCCCAAUGCGGGUGCUAAGGUCUGACCAGGGAACAAAUCUAGUUGGCGCAAGGUCAGAGCUAAAGCGAGCACUAGAAGAAAUGGAUCAUGACAGGUUGCGACACUUUCUCAUUGAAAGAGGGUGCGACUAUCCAGAAUUCAAGAUGAAUGCUCCUACAGCUAGUCACACUGGGGGCGCAUGGGAAAGGCUCAUUCGGUCCGUGAGAAGAGUUCUCCAAGCUCUCAUGGAACACUCGGGAACCCAGUUGGAUGAUGAGUCUCUCCGAACCUUCAUGUGCGAAGCAGCAGCAAUAGUGAAUAGCAGACCAUUAUCGGUAACCACUCUGAAUGAGUCCACCGCCUUAGAACCUCUGACACCCAACCACUUGCUCACUCUGAAAUCAAGUGUUGUUCUGCCACCUCCUGGCGAGUUUCAGCGUGUCGAUGUCUACUCCCAAAAACGUUGGCGAAGAGUGCAGUAUCUAGCCAAUGAAUUUUGGAAUCGCUGGAAAGGGGAGUUUGUGCAGAAUCUUCAAGCAAGACAGAAGUGGACACGCAGGGUACCUGACGUCCAAGUCGGAGAUGUUGUCCUGAUUGUUAACAACAAUCUACCCCGAAACCAGUGGCAACUUGGUAGAAUCUCCGAAGCUAUUCCUGGUACUGACGGCCAAGUCAGAAGAGUGAAGCUUGUUGUUGCCGACAGAUCCUUAGAUGUCAAGGGCAAACGAACACGACCAGUGACAACCCUGGAACGCCCCAUCCAGAAGCUUGUCGUGCUUCUUAAGAGUCAGGAACACUGGGGAUUCCCCAUCGGGGAGCCUUAG